AUGGGGUUGCACCAAGGAUCAGCCUUUACCUCGUUUCUAUUUGCCUUCGUGAUGGACGAGUUGACGCGACAUAUUCAAAGGGAGGUGUCAUGGAGUAUUUUAUUCAUAGACGGCAUAGUGUUGAUCGACGAGACACACUGUAAAGUCAAUGAUAGGCAGAAAGUUUGGAGACAGACCCUGGAAUCUAAAGGUAUCAGGUUGAGCAGGAGUAAGAUGGAGUAUCUGGAACUCAAGUUCGGUGAUGUUAUGCGUGAGCUGGAGGUGGAAGUUAAGAUUGAUACAUUAGUCAUACCCAAGAGGGGAAGUUUCAAGUACCUUGGGUCUAUAAUCCAAGGAAACAUGGAGAUUGAUGAUGAUAUUGCACAUCGUAUUGGAGUGGAUGGAUGA